AUGGCGAUUCUGAAGCCGCAACAGAGAGGAGACAAAAAGAGGCGAUUUCUGAGGAAACUAAUUUUUAAUGAAACUGGGCCACCCAAUUGUCCGUAUGGGCGCCCAUUAUGUCUGCGGACAAAAUUGUCGGAUGACCAUUUGACAGCUCUAACUAUAUCUAUUUCAUCAGCUCAAACCGUGAACAAUGCACAUCCAGACAAUAACGUUCUUGUCGAAUAUGACCCGUCACGUUCCAUUCCUCCACCACCACCGAGCAAGAUCUACAAAGUUGGUGACUCCAAGGGAUGGAGUGUUUCUCAAGAGAAGAUCAGCCGAGACCUUGAAUUCAUAUCAUGCGACCCAACUUCUCCCGUGGCGAUGCACAAGACAGGGCAUGAUCUUGUGAAGCUCACCAAACCAGGAGUCCACUACUUCAUUACCUCAAUGACAACCACCACACUGCCUGGUCCGAGUUUGGAAUGCCUUCUGUCUAAUGCGAGGCCGGACUUAAGCUACAAGUCGUGGUCGGGCCACUCACCAAGGCUGUAA